AUGACGGACAGAACACUCUAUACGACUCCACCACGUUCUAAAACCUACGGACCCUCGCCCAUCUCACCAUCGAGCUCGGUCAAGCGUCGCACGGCACGUCGUCCAUGGCCCCAGGCUAGUACUUCUGCCACGCCGACGACUCCCUCGGCAGCGGUGACCGAUUGGCAACUCUCGGCGAUCGAAGUCAUGACCGAAUCAGGCCUCAUGCUCGCCCAUUCCUCGGCCUUGUUGUUCAAACCUCCGGCUAAAUUGAGGGGGUGGCGUGGGUUGAUCGCUCAGUGUCGACAGAUGACGGAUACGCCGGGGCAUCUGCAUAAUGAGCAGGGCGAGCGCGUCGAUUGGGAUUUGAGCGAGAGCCCAAGACCUGGUCGCUACAUCUACAAAGCUAGUGAGUCGGCGCUGGAGCUGAAGUGUGGAAGUGCAGUUUCCUUAAGAACUUUGAUACACUUCACAGUCGACGGCGGCGAAGUGAAACCCAAUCGGGUGUACGACCUCGUGCUCGAAGUGCGCCAGCGCGAACGCCUCGAAUCCAUCGGCGGCGACGCGAGCCUCCUCUUGCCUCUUGUACCCGCUUCGCCCGACCCAUCUUUUUCACCAGCUUCGACUGAAUCGAAUAUCAUGCGACGACCUUCCUUGACGAAGGAUCAACAUAAACACCAGUUGCAGCUGCAGCUUCGGAAACGUGAGUUCAAUCUCCACCCGUUGUCGUCGCUGGGCAGGCCGAGGCUGAAGAUCUUGACUACGCUCGAAAUUCAGACGAUGCUCUCCAUCCCCGGGGCUCAAUGGUGGAAGUCGCUCGAUUCAAGGUAAGUCCGGUACUCUAUCCAGGACUUCCACUUCUAACCAGCUGACACAAGCCACUCCCUCCUGUUUCAGAUCCCAACAUGUUCCACUGGUGCGUCAAGUCCCUCUCCAAGGCCAUCGUCGUCUCGGCGCAAAAGAGCGUCGACUUCCUAGAAGGCCUCCUCACCGACGAUGGAACAGAGGCGUCCUCCAACAAGGGUGUGCAGAAGCGGAUUGGCAGUUGA